GACACGGAGCGAGAGGUUGAGAGAGUCGGAGACACUAUCCGCUUCCAUCUGUCGCGCAGACCCUGCCGGAGCCGCUGCCGCUAUGGAUGAUCGGGAGGAUCUGGUGUACCAGGCGAAGCUGGCCAAGCAGGCUGAGCGAUACGACGAAAUGGUGGAAUCAAUGAAGAAAGUAGCAGGGAUGGAUGUGGAGCUGACAGUUGAAGAAAGAAACCUUCUAUCUGUUGCAUAUAAGAAUGUGAUUGGAGCUAGAAGAGCUUCCUGGAGAAUAAUCAGCAGCAUUGAACAGAAAGAAGAAAAUAAGGGAGGAGAAGACAAACUAAAAAUGAUUCGGGAGUAUUGGCAAAUGGUUGAGACUGAACUAAAGUUAAUCUGUUGCGACAUUCUGGAUGUACUGGACAAACACCUCAUUCCAGCAGCUAACACUGGCGAGUCCAAGGUUUUCUAUUAUAAAAUGAAAGGGGACUACCACAGGUAUCUGGCAGAAUUUGCCACAGGAAAUGACAGGAAGGAGGCUGCAGAGAACAGCCUAGUGGCUUAUAAAGCUGCUAGUGAUAUUGCAAUGACAGAACUUCCACCAACGCAUCCUAUUCACUUAGGUCUUGCUCUCAACUUUUCCGUAUUCUACUAUGAAAUUCUUAAUUCCCCUGAUCGUGCCUGCAGGUUGGCAAAAGCAGCUUUCGAUGAUGCAAUUGCAGAACUGGAUACGCUGAGUGAAGAAAGCUAUAAAAACUCUACACUUAUCAUGCAGUUGUUACGUGAUAAUCUGACACUAUGGACUUCAGACAUGCAGGGUGAUGGUGAAGAGCAGAAUAAAGAAGUGCUGCAGGAUGUGGAAGAUGAAAAUCAGUGAGACAUAAAAGCCAACAAGAGAAACCAUCUCUGACCACCCUACUCCUCCCCACCCUACCCCUUGGAAAUCCCCCAUUGUCACUGAGAACCACCAAAUCUGACUUUUACAUUUGGUCUCAGAAUUUAGGUUCCUGCCCUGUUGGUUUUUUUUUUUUUUUUUUUUAAACAGUUUUCAAAAGUUCUUAAAGGCAAGAGUGAAUUUCUGUGGAUUUUACUGGUCCCAGCUUUUAGGUUCUUUAAGACACUAACAGGACUGCAUAGAGGCUUUUUCAGCAUUUCUGUAUUGUCUCGGUGCCAGAUGUGGCAAGAUCAUUAUUAGAAAUGGAAAUUACAUUUGAAAGCCAUUAGACUUCUAGGUGACGCAGGCAUCUUAAGAGAGAGGUUGAUCACAAUAUAGAGGCAUAUAUGGUAUCAUUUUUCCUUUUUUUAAUUGUUUAAACCGAAUUUUAUACCAAUGUUUAAAAUUAAUUGGGUGUUAGCUUGAGGUGGUUAAAGGUUGUUUGGGGAGUUUGUUGUAAUGGUUUUGCUGUAAAAAGUGUUUCAAACUUUGCUGAAACGUUGCUGAAAAGCAUGGUGCUGGUCACAGUUCAACAAUCCGUGGCUGCUCAUUCUUGCCUACUUUUACUUCCCUCUGAAGCAGGUUAGCAUUGAAGGUGGUAUGGAAAAGCCUGCAUGCGUGUUCAAUUCUUUGUUUCUUCUCCUUCCCUCUCCCCUGCCCAUCCUUCCCCUACUCCUUCCCUCCUUCGCUCGCUCAACCUCUUUUGUUCAGUAUGUGUAACUUGAAGCUAAUUUGUACUACUGGAUAUCUGACUGGAGCCACAGAUACAGAUCUGUAUUGUUCUUACUGAAACACAGCAUGGAAUUAACAUUAAACUUAAAUAAAACAAACCUAAAUUAAAAAA